AUGGCAUCUCCACAACAUCAGCAGCUGCUGCCUCACAACACAGAAGUGAGCUGUGACUCAAGUGGAGAUGGAGGCGUCUCUGUGAGAAUUGGCAGCAGUGUCAAACACAAGCAUGUUGGCGGGCCGCUGGGUUCAAUCGGGGGAGGCUUCAUAGGAGCAACCAAGCACUGCAAGUACAGCAUUUCUUCUAGCUGUAGCUCUGGGGAGUCUGGAGUGAGGAGGCCAGCGGUCAAGAGUUUCCGUAGUCACACGAGGAUGCCUCAGCUUUUUGAGAGAUCAGCAGGUCAUUUUUGGGACCCGAAGUUUGAUUCUUCGAUCCUGGAGGACGCCUGUCGAGAACGGUGUUUCCCCCAGACCAAGCGUCGAUUCCGUUAUGUGCUUUUUUUUCUGGUGGCUGCCAGCUUCCUCUGGGGGUUGUAUUUUGCUGCCAAUUCAUCUCGUUGUGACAUGCUUGUUUUUCUGCUCCCCACUGCUUCCUUCCUUCUCUUCUGCCUUCUUCUCUUCCUCUUAACUUUUACCCAGCUGUAUUCUCGCUGCUACAAUCAAGCAUCUCUGCUGCUUGUCCUUGUAACCUUUAUCAUGACUCUGGCCCCCCAAAUCCAGACCUUAGGCUUCAGGGAGGUAGACAGCCCUACACUUUCACCUGAACUGGAAGACUUGAGUGGCAUAAGGUUCAUGCACAACCAGUCCUUUGAUAAGUUUGUGGAAGGUAACAGCAGGUCCCCUUGUCUUUCUUCUGUAGGCACCUUCUCCCUCUGUAUUGAGGUGCUUCUCCUGUUGUACAGUGUCCUCCACUUUCAUCUCUAUGCCUCUGUACUACUGGGGUUUAUUUACUCUGUCUUGUUUGAAAGUUUGGGCUGGUUGCAGCUGACCCAGGCAGAGGAGAAUUGGAGUUUAGUCUCUCCGGCAGACUGGGACACACUCAUUUGGUUGGGCCCAGCCAAGGCCUUGCUCCAUCUCUGUGCUCAUGCUAUUGGCAUCCACCUGUUCAUCAUGUCUGAAGUGCGUUCACGUAGCACCUUUCUUAAGGUUGGACAAGCAAUCAUGCAUGGCAAAGAUCUUGAGGUAGAGAAAGCCCUGAAGGAGCGAAUGAUUCACUCCGUUAUGCCCAGAAUUGUAGCAGAUGAGCUGAUGAAGCAGGGCGAUGAGGAGAUUGGUGAUAACUCUGUUAAACGUUACUCCACCAGCGGUGCAGCUGCUGUCAUCUCCAGCCCAAAAAACAACAAACGCAAGAAAACUUCCAUCCCUCGUGGCCAGAUCAUCUUCAGGCCUUUCAACAUGAAACGAAUGGAGCCUGUCAGCAUCCUUUUUGCAGAUAUUGUGGGCUUCACCAAAAUGUCUGCCAACAAAUCCGCUCAUGCUUUAGUUGGACUUCUAAAUGACUUGUUUGGACGUUUUGAUCGACUUUGUGAACUCACAGGCUGUGAAAAAAUCAGCACACUUGGAGACUGCUACUAUUGUGUGGCUGGUUGUCCAGAACCCAGACCGGAUCAUGCCUAUUGUUGUGUAGAAAUGGGUCUGGGGAUGAUUCAAGCCAUUGAGCAGUUCUGUCAAGAGAAGAGGGAGACGGUGAACAUGAGGGUGGGCGUUCACACUGGGACCGUACUAUGUGGUAUUCUGGGCAUGAAACGCUUUAAGUUUGAUGUCUGGUCGAAUGAUGUCAACCUCGCCAAUCUGAUGGAGCAGCUGGGUGUGGCUGGAAAAGUCCACCUUUCACAAGCCACGUUCAACUUUCUGGAUGAUCGAUAUCAGCAUGAAGAUGGACAGGUCAACGAGAGGAUAGGACCGAGUGUGGUGGCAGACCAGCUCAAAGGCAUGAAGACUUAUCUUAUUUCUGGCAGAAAGGUUGAGCCUCACUGUAGCUGCUCCCAGAUGGGACUGUCUAGACCAGAACAUGCAGAUAUCCAGUGUCCUGUUCCCAGAUUGCACACGCCUGAUGGAGCUGCUUUGGCUUGCACCCUCCCCCCAGACAAGUCCAAGCCUCCUUGUCUGCCCUGCGCUAUGACCCUAAUAGCAGGAGAGGAUCAGAUUCUGGAGGAAGGAAUAAUACACAAUGGCUGCCAUGAAGACCACAAAACAAACAGCAAGGACUCUUCAAAUUUGAAGUGUUCCCCUGUGAUAUCUGCUGGACGCAGCCCCAAAACUGUGAAUGGCCUGCUCAGUCCUCAGCUGGAGGCCUUGAAUAACAGCCAGACCUCCUUGUGUGAGAUGCUGCAGGAAAAGGAGAAGAAGACGUGGAGUGGCGGAGCCAUGGGCAUGGACCACUCAGCGCUCAUCCCUCUGCGCUCCAAAAACUUCAGGGAGAGGAGUGACGCUCACUUUGUGGAUGUUAUCAAGGAGGAUAGUCUUAUGAAGGACUAUUUCUACAAACCUCCCUUAAACAAGCUGAGCCUCACCUUCUUGAAAAAGAGCCUGGAGUCUGCUUACACAAUAAGCUACCAGGAGGAGGUGGAGAACCAAGCUUCGGUGCAGACAUUUGCCAGCCCAAGAUUCAAUUCUUUCCUGGAUAUGCUGCUGUGCUGUUUAGUAGUUUGGGCCCUUUCACUUGCCUGUUUCCUCCAACCGUUAGUUACUCAACAGAGUUUGUCCACACCAGCUCUUGUUCUGACAUCUGUAGCUGCAAUGCUGGAGGCUCUGGCUCUGUUCUUUGCUACACGUAUGGCUUUUUAUCUGGACAGUGUGCUGAACUGUACUCGGGUACUGAUGAGAGCUGUCUCAGGCUGGGUGAUGCGUCACUUUAUAGGAGCUGUUCUAGUGUCUCUGCCCAGUGCGGUAGUCUUAUUCCACAUCUCCUGUGACAUGCAUUUUUCUAUUCAGUACACCAUGUUCAUCUGCUGUGCGAUCAUCAUCUCUAUUAUUCAGUAUUGUAACUUCUGCCAGCUCAGCUACUGGAUGCGUUCAGCAAUAGCUACAGUGGUGGGACUGGUGAUGCUUGUUUUGCUCUUCAGCUCACCUUGCAGGUCUGGUGCUCAAAACAACGUUAGCAACAGCUCCUUCUUUUUGGCAGACAACUCAACAAGUUAUGACCCACAAACUCACCUAAAACUCCUCGCUCCUGAAGCCUGUGUGGCCUUUUUCCUGCUCCUCCUCCUGGUCUGGUUCCUUAACCGUGAAUUUGAGGUCAGCUAUCGUUUGCAUUACCAUGGCAACGUGGAAGCCGAUCAACACCGCAUCAAGAUUCAGAACAUGAGGGACCAGGCCGACUGGCUGCUUCGCAAUAUAAUUCCGAUUCAUGUGGCAGAGCAACUUAAGGUGACCCAGAGUUACUCCAAGAACCACGACAAUGUGGGUGUCAUAUUUGCCAGUAUUGUUAACUUCAGUGAGUUUUAUGAAGAAAGCUACGAAGGAGGCAAGGAGUGCUAUCGUGUCCUUAAUGAGUUAAUUGGUGACUUUGAUGAGCUCUUACGCAGGCCUAUCUUUGCAAACAUCGAAAAGAUCAAGACGAUUGGUGCCACUUACAUGGCAGCAGCUGGACUAAAUGCUCAGCAGUGUGCGGACGCAGCUCAUCCUCAUGCCCACCUUCGUGCUCUUUUUGAGUUUGCCCUGGAGAUGAUGCGAGUGGUAGAUGACUUCAACAAGAACAUGCUCGGCUUUGGCUUCAAGCUACGCAUUGGAUUCAAUCACGGCCCUCUAACAGCAGGGGUGAUUGGAACCACAAAGCUUCUCUAUGAUAUCUGGGGUGACACUGUCAACAUUGCUAGUCGCAUGGAUACAACUGGUGUGGAAUGUCGUGUUCAGGUCAGUGAGGAGAGCUACUGUGUGCUCAGUGGCAUGGAUUAUGAAUUUGAUUAUCGCGGCACAGUAAAUGUUAAAGGCAAAGGUCAGAUGAAGACUUUCCUUUACCCUAAAUGCAGUGACAGUGGUCCUGUACCUCAGUACCAGCUCUCUGUCUCACCUGAGAUUCGAGCACAGGUGGAUGGCAGCAUUGGACGCUCUCCCACUGAUGAAAUUGCUAGCAUGGUCCCCACAACCAGCAUGACUGCAAACAGUACCAAUACCAUGGUACCCAGCGCCAGCUCUGGUUCUUCAAAUUUAACAGGCUGCAGUCAAACAAAAGAGGCAUGGAUCCAUGACAGAUAUCACUCGACAGGAACUUCUUAUCCCAGACGAUCAGUGUCUCACAGUGGCCUAACAUCCAUACCUGUAGCCAGUCUUGAAGGACAAUCUCCCAACAACAAACAGCUUAUCAUCUCAUCCUCAGUCCAGCAAGAUACUCCUCAAAAUUCAACAAGGUCCUUGAAAGACAUCAAGAAAGACAAACAAGAGAAUGAUAAUGACGUCAAUGGUGGAGAGUUAACCAGGCUUUAGGUAUUUGCUACAAUGGCAGUUUUCUUAUCAGUCUUUGACCCUUUAAGCUAUUGUUCCUGCUGGCUGGCAUGUGUACAAGCUAUAGUUUAAGUCCUAAUUCAGGUAGAGAUGGAAGUUUUGAAAGAAUACAUGAACCUUUUUUUUUUUUUAUCAGCCAGGGUUCAGGUGGCUUGUUGUGUAAACAUGAUUGGGUGAUGUUAUCAAGGGUGCUUGGCGGACCACACAAAGGUUGUCAGGCAGGAACACAGGAAAUG